AUGGACACGCAAUCUACCCCCACAAGGAAUGUGGCCAGCAGAGACGCAAGCAUUGAAUACAUCAGCGACAACAUCUUUCAAUUGACACUCUCCCCAAAGAACAAAGCGGAGGUAUUUGAGCCUGGCCUUUCCAAGCUCGACCAAGGUCAAGAGGAGGCCAGCCUCAUUCUUCGAAAUUUGACCACAUGGUGUCCAGAUGUCGCUGCUCAGUUUGCCCAACGCUCAACUACCACCAUCCUGAAGACACCGUUCCGUCUGGUCUUUCCUUCAAACGCUCGGGGGGCUUUCGACAAAGACCUGUAUCCACGACAGUAUUUCGCGAUCUCUUAUUGCUGGCAUUCAAGCGACUAUCCAAACUCGAAUUAUGAACCGCACGAUCGUUGGCCCUUCAGCAAACCCUUUGUAGAUGCCAUUCUGUGUGAGAAAGAGCACCCUCGCAUAGGACUUUGGAUUGAUCAGCUAUGCAUUGACCAAGAAGACACUCUCGACAAGCAGAUGUCUGUUGCCGCCAUGGAUGUGAUUUAUCGAUCAUGCAUGCGUCUGCUGGUUCUGUUAGAAGACGUGAAACUUACUGAGGCGGAGACGUACCUCGUGGAGAACUUCGAAAUCUCCAAAAUACAGUGGCACAAGGCAUGGCUACCUGAGCCGGAGGUUAGACCACUCUAUUUGUCUUUCUACAAGAAGACCAACGCAGCGAGAUGGCGAUACAGGAAUCACAACGCGACGUUCUUCAUGAAUGGACCGGGUGAUUCUAUAGUCAAGAUGAAAUGGGUGAAUCUCCACGUCAUCAUGUCUACAGCGAUAGACUUGCCGUCUCAUGACAACGAUAUCAACCUAAACGCUUUCAAAGGCCGAGAGAUAUUCACGGGCUUUGCUAACCAAGGCGGACCUCCUACAGCGACCAUGAAAUCGAGUAUUAUGGCCUCGCAUAACAGUGUAGCUCGAAAAGGCUGUCAGAAUCUUGGAGACCGCAUCAGCAUCAUGAUAAACAUCAGUGGGCGUGCCCUCGCAUACUUCGGCGAAGCCUUGAACAACAAAGACGAGGUGCUAUAUUUCAGCGCACUUCUCGCUCUAGCGGCAGGAGAGACAUACCCACUCAGUAUGACGGACCCUACAUCGAUCAGACUGAUGGGCAAUAAGACGUGGCUUUCGCGAAGCCUCGGUACUGGCGAUGCUAUAAUUCCAAAAUUCCCCCUUGGAAGUGUGCAGGGCAUCCGCCAGGUUUCGACCGAAGUCAUCAAAAUCGACAUGAUUUUUCUUCAAAGGCUCGGUAUACCAACAGAUCACAGCUUCGAGCUGGACGCUGUUGGCCAAGUUUUCCCUGGCACAAUACCAACUACAGAGCCCGCAAAGUAUGCCGCUGAUGCAAGCAAAUCGCAUUUACCUGCCGCCCAGACGGACAGCGAAUGCGACGAGCACCGACGAAGGUUCAUCGCCACUUGUAUCAGCAAUGGUUUUCAGUUUACUGCCAAUCUAUGGGAGCAGCUAAAACGUGAUGUUGUACACCCCAACUAUAACCAAGGCAUUUUCCGAGAUCUGCAGCCAAACACUGCCCUCUAUAUACCAGCACAAAGAUUUUUGGACCAACUACGACGAUAUGCAAGUCCAGAAACGUUGGAGAGUAAUGCGUUUGACUUGGAUGACGCCAGCAUCUUCUUGACCUGGGUAACCGAUCCUCGUUCAAUGUACUACAUUGGCUCUCUUUCAUUCCGCUUGCAAUGCACCAUGGAUGGGCGUCAGGCUCUCAUGACUAUCACGAGCAUUAAGGAAGACUGGAAAGAUGCUAAGUUUGAGGAGCUUCAAGCUGCAAUCCCUACUGAUUUGCUUAACGCGAGUUGCAUGACGUCGAGGGUUUGGAUUCUGCAACCAUUGGAGAUCGAUGAAGGCGUUGUGUUGAGAUGGAAAAUUGUGGCAAAAGCGCUGCUGCUCGGUGAGCCAAAUUUGAUGGAGGAAUUGAGACUGCAUGGUAAUCAAGACGAUGCGGUGGUAGCGUUGAAGGCGGACACAUGCGUGGGUGGUUAG